AUGGCUGAAGUCACUCUUGCAAACCCUGUUACUGUGAGCCUGGAGGAGCUCCGAGCAGGCACCGUUUCCUUCGAGACCCUCUCAGAAGCUUUUGGGCCGGCAUCAUUGGGGAUUAUCGUUGUAAAGGACCUACCUGCCAAAUUCAAGGACCUUAGAGCCCAGGCACUCUCCAAUGCAUCAUAUGUUGCAUCACUGUCACCAGAGGAGUUAGAAUCCCUUACUUCCGCUGAGUCCAAGUAUCUUGUCGGCUGGUCUUGCGGAAAAGAGACCCUUCGCUCAGGUCAUUAUGAUACCCUGAAGGGAUCGUACUAUAUCAAUUGUGCCUUUUAUCAAAACCCCGACCUGCAAAAUGCCCCCGCAAGCGAAUUCCCGGACUUUCCACAGUACACCGCAGCUAAUAUCUGGCCCCCUGCUGAAAAAUUACCUAACUUUCGCCCAAGCUUGACUGAACUAUGCACGUUGAUUAUUGACACGGCGGCUCUUGUGGCAAGGGCCUGUGAUCAAUAUGCCCUUGCCAACAUUGAAGGCUACAAAAAGGGGUAUUUGGAACACGUUGUAAAGACUAGUUUGACGACUAAAGCCCGGCUAUUACACUACUUCCCUGCUCCGGAGACAGAUGCUAGUGGUAAAGAGAUGGACGAUGACGACUGGUGUGCAAUUCAUCUUGACCAUGGCUGCCUUACUGGCCUGACAUCUGCCAUGUUUGUUGAUGAAGCUGAGAAUGAACCCAAACAAUCAGCCGACUUGACCCCCUUGCCUGAACUGCCAACAUCCCCCGAUCCAAAGGCUGGUUUAUACAUACGAUCUAGGACUGGUGAGGUAGUCAAGGUCAAUAUACCAAAGGAUUGCAUUGCAUUCCAAACUGGUGAAGCUCUUGAGCUCAUUACUCAGGGAAAGUUUAAGGCUGUACCGCACUUUGUUAAAGGUGCCAAAACAGGAGGUAAAAUUGCAAGGAAUACUUUAGCUGUGUUCACCCAGCCAAACUUGCCUGAAGAAGUAACAGCUGGAAAGACUUUUGCAGACUUCGCCCGCGAGGUCGUGGAGAGGAACCAUUGA